UUUUCUCGUCCCUAUAUAUUUCCCCAUGCAUCGCCUACCCUUUUUUUAUCUCGCUCUCCGGGAGGCUCUCUCUACCUCUCUCUUGCUCUCUCUCUCCUCUCUCUCUAUCUCUAUCUCUGUCGUUCUGAGUGAGCCAUGGCGUCGCUGAGCUGCUCAGCUGACCAACUGGCCCAGCUGUUGGGCCCCAACACCACCAAUGCCACGGCCGCCGCAGCCUACCUCUGUGGCCAAAUCUCCACCAUCUCCGACAAGUUCACCGACACGGCUUACGCCGUGGACACCACCUAUCUCCUCUUCUCUGCCUACCUCGUAUUCUCCAUGCAGCUCGGUUUUGCCAUGCUCUGCGCCGGUUCCGUCCGGGCAAAGAAUACCAUGAACAUCAUGCUCACGAACGUACUCGACGCUGCUACGGGCGGGCUCUUCUACUACCUGUUCGGGUUUGCCUUUGCCUUUGGCUCCCCCUCCAACGGCUUCAUCGGCCGCCACUUCUUCGGACUCAAGGAAAUCCCUUCCUCGUCCUUUGACUACAGUAACUUCCUCUACCAGUGGGCCUUCGCUAUCGCAGCUGCAGGUAUCACCAGCGGCUCCAUCGCCGAGCGCACCCAGUUCGUCGCCUACCUCAUCUACUCCUCCUUCCUCACUGGCUUCGUUUACCCCGUCGUAUCCCACUGGAUUUGGUCCCCUGACGGCUGGGCCAGCGCUUUCAACACAGAAAACCUUUUGUUUGGCACUGGCGUCAUUGAUUUCGCUGGCUCCGGAGUUGUCCACUUGGUCGGAGGUGUUGCCGGUCUCUGGGGUGCCCUAAUCGAAGGCCCCAGAAUCGGCCGGUUCGACCACUCUGGCCGGUCCGUCGCUCUCCGUGGCCACAGCGCCUCCCUCGUCGUCCUCGGUACUUUUCUCCUCUGGUUCGGUUGGUACGGGUUCAACCCCGGCUCCUUCAACAAGAUACUCAGUCCUUACGAUUCCGGGAACUACUACGGGCAAUGGAGCGCCGUCGGUCGCACCGCAGUGACCACGACCCUGGCCGGUUGCACCGCGGCUCUCACCACUCUCUUCGGCAAGAGAAUCCUAUCGGGCCACUGGAACGUGACGGACGUGUGCAACGGAUUACUCGGUGGAUUCGCAGCGAUCACCGGUGGUUGCUCCGUGGUGGAGCCCUGGGCGGCAAUCAUCUGCGGGUUCGUGGCGGCGGUGGUACUGAUCUCCUGCAACAAAUUGGCGGAGAAGGUGAAAUACGACGACCCGUUGGAGGCGGCACAGCUGCACGGAGGGUGCGGCGCGUGGGGAAUAAUAUUCACGGCACUGUUCGCGAGGGAGAAGUACGUGAACGAGGUGUACUCGAACAAACCGGGUAGGCCAUACGGGUUGUUUAUGGGUGGGGGAGGGAAGCUACUGGGAGCUCACGUGAUCCAGAUCCUGGUCAUAGUCGGAUGGGUCAGUGCGACGAUGGGUCCCUUGUUUUAUGUGCUGCAUAAGCUGAAGCUUUUGCGGAUAUCGGCAGAGGACGAAAUGGCUGGUAUGGAUAUGACCCGGCAUGGAGGCUUCGCUUACAUUUAUCACGACGAUGAUGAUUCGCAGAAGCACGGGAUUCAGUUGAGAAAAGUCGAACCACGUUCUACUACUCCCACUCCAAUCUAGAAACCUUUUUUUUUUUUUUUUUUAACCUCUUUAUCUUUUUUUUUUUUUUAAA